CUUCGGUUCAACAUUUUCGCUUUCCUGCAUGCAGGUCGUCGCCUUUGCCUCAGCCCUCGGGCCAAUCGUCGGCGACCUUAUUCUCCGCAUUGAGAGUCCCGGUCAACACCCUGCAUAAACUCCAUGCUAAAUGACCUCACAAGGUAGCGAGCAACGCACAUGAGCGUUUCAGAGUAUGGAUAUUUUCUUGACUAUCUCCACUUUGAUUCCUUCUCACCUACAUUGUCUAAGUUGAUCAACAGGAAAGAUGGCGGUGCUUGCGGAGAUAUUGCCUUUGGUUUCGAGGAGCUCCCAUCUUGCGCUCGAGCUGUAUCGAGCCGCCGCCAAGUCGCAGGAGGUUGCAAGGGACUUCGUUAAGGUUGCAUCUGCGAUCAACGAGUUCGCUUUGAUACUGAAACAGGUGGGAACCAUCAUCAAGGAAGAUGAUCGCCUACCAUCUCAUGAGGCUACUGAAACCUUGGAGGACGUAAUUGAACAGUCCCAGAAUAUCUUGGCUGAGAUCGAUUCGGCUUCUUCGACUCGAGGUGAUAUAGACGAUAACAGAAGGGAUAGCGCUCGCUUCCGGCAAAGCGACCACCGGGGACAUGAUGCCACAGCUUCGGCAAGGCUGGACUAUCUCACGGCUCAUCUUCAAGCCCUGAGGUCCACUCUCGCUGUACUACUCCAGACACUAUACACAGCACAAAGCAUAAUGUGGUCAAGGCUUCGUCCGACAGUGUCGCCACAACAGGCAGGAAGAGCUGUAGCGAACGAGAAAACCCAGCUUGAAACGCUCAUUAUGGAACAGCAACUUUCCAUACUGUAUACUUUGAAAAUCCAUCAUCAAGCACCACAGCCCGAUGCCCGCUUGUUAAUGGAAGCAGAUAGCUCUCAAAGUCUAAUAGCCUUGAAGCGCGAAAACACUCCUGUUCCAGCUAGUCUUCAUCGAUUUCAAGACGACUACGUCGCGAGCCUGGACAUAUCACCAUCUUCCGAGACUGAGUGGCUACAGGCAGUAUGCAGUAUCACCUCUUCGCAAUCAGAGCGCUUGCUAGAGAGGUGGACGAGCUUGCCCCAAUUCGAAAUUCGCCUCAAGGAUGCAGAACGAGAUGAGCGAAAACAAAAGCAGGAAAACCAACAGCCCAUGGUCGAAUCUGAUAGCGAGGAGGAGGAGCGGAGAUAUAGGUCGAAACUUGCAGGAAGUGGCACAAAGCUCUCUCAAAGACAAGAUACAGAAACUGUUCAGCCGUUGUUCUCCGACCCAACUACACUCCCAAUGCCGGUACCUGAAUCGAAAUAUGGCCCGAAAGCGCCUUUGUCGCCUGCUGCCUCGCCCAGAACCUCCCGUAAUAGUCUUCCGGCCAACGGGCAGUAUUCUCCAGACUCACCACGAUCGAGCAUAUCCAGUCUCCCUGUUGAGGCCGCAGCCGCGAUGGAAGCGAAGGACGAGGAUGAUGAUUUAGACCUCGAAAUACCCUGGGUUUUAUGUACACGAAAGUACUACUGGAAGUAUAUUGAUGCCAAACAAGUUGGGUCCAAUACUGACCAACUACCUUCGAUUGCCUUCAUGGAGCGGAAUAGCUGGACAGAAAUCAUGGCUAGCUGGGUGUGUAAAGAAGCUAUCAAAGAAGCGGGAUACAGAGUCACACAAGUGCAAAAGGACCGCAGGGAUGGCAGGAGAACUAAACUAGAGACGUGCUUUUGCAUCGACAAGCCACUACAGUUCGAUCAAGUCAAGCGUCUUGUUGAACGAACCGUCGAGAUUUACCGUACAACAGCACCACGUACUCCACCGCCACGGAUCAGGCGAUCGUCUUUCCAACGAGCACCUCCAAUCAAUAUGCUAAAGGCUCCAGCACCUGACCGCGAACGGACACCAAUUCCUCGGAACACCCAUCCGCCGCUUGAGCGCUCGACGAGCUCGCUGCUAUACCCCCUGCAACCGCCAUCACUAGACCGUUCAAUGUCCAUGCCAGGACCGACCGGGCUGGCCCCACCAAAGGCACUAGGUCAACCCCCAAACCUCUACAUUCAAAUGCCCCCAGGACCAUAUACGCCUCAGCCCCAACUUCCAGGGCCCCCUCAAUCUCCGCGGGUGGGCGUAUAUCCUCCCCAAGCCGGACCCUACUCACCACAAAUCAUGAACCCCAACUCCCCGCAAUUCCCUUACUCACCCGGUGCACUACCUCUCAAUCAUGCUUCAAUGCCUCCGCACCUCCAGCCUCCUCCUUAUCCGGGGGGUUAUUCUGUUCCACAGUCGUCGCCAUUGCGGCAAUCGUACCUCCACCCGAACCCGAACCCGAACCCGUCGAAAUCAAAGUACGACGACACGACGACGUCGGACUCGGAAAGCGGCGACAGGGAAAGGUCACGGAGACAUAGGUCCAAGUCGAGGAAUAGACAUGCUGCGGGCAAGAAGAAGAAGAGUCAUGGGACUAGUAAGGCUGUUGGCGCGCUGAUGGGGGUUGGGGGCCUUACUGCGCUGUUGGAUGGGUUGAGUGGACUUUAGGAGGAACAGGUGGGGUGGUGGGGGGUUGUAUUGUUUAUGAGUGAUGGAUUGAUGAGAACAUGGUUUAUGAGCACCGAAAAUGUAUUGUUGAUGAGUAUGUUCAGACACGAUAGAUGGACUAGCAUGGCAUCUUUACGUCUUUACUGAUAGACUGUAUAUUCUAAGAUGUCUCAUACGUAUUAGUUUGUAGCUUUCAAUCCUACCUUUGAUUGAGUGGU